UACUUUUUCCAUGGCGAUAUGCAUAAUCUGAAAUUGAAGCACGGUGGAACGUAUGUGACAUUCCUUAUUGUUUUAUCACUUAGUUGUAAUUAUGUUAAUGCGGGAGAUAGCGAUUUUAUUCACGAUUAUUUCGUGAAUAAGACAGUGCGAAAUGUUGUGGGAUUCUCUUGCGGAAAUUUCACAAAUGAUUUCUAUUUCAUGAAAUCAUUAAGCAGAGCGGGUAUAUUCACGAUCAUUCGAAAGCACGAUACAAGUAUCAAUUUAUGACGGUUUUUGAACACCGAGGCCUGGAGUCUGGGAGUCGUCGUGGAUUUGCGUUGUCAUAAUGAGAGCGCCGUGGCCAUCUUUGCCGAGACUUCAAAGUAUCGUAUGUACGAUUACUCGUAUCACUGGUUGGUCUUGGGAUCGAAGUUGAAUAGCAGCGUGUCGCUUCUGAACGACAGCGCUUACAGUAUAACGACCGAUUUCGUGCUCGCAAUAACAAAUGGUACCGGUUAUGAUCUUUACGACGUUUUCAAUCAUUGCAAAUAUCGAGGAGGUACAUUGAAUGUGACAAGACUGGGCUCAUGGCGACGAGAGGAAGGUCUCAUUAUCACCCUGACCCAACCAUUGAUCGAGAGACGAGCUAAUAUGCACGGCAUGACGUUGAAGAUAUCGGGCGUGAUACAAUAUAGACCGAAGAAUAUGCGGUUGGAAGAUUAUAUGCAUGACAUUAACACCAGAUCUCUAGAUAGCAUGCAUAAGUUCUUGUACGCGAUGAUAUCUCAUACUGCCGAUCUCUUCAAUUUCAGUGUACACGCUUCAGAGAUAAUUUAUUGGGACCGUCACAGCGUGCAUGGUUUGAUAUUCGAGAUAUUACGAGCAAAUUACAUCGAUUUUGGCAGUAAUCCCAGAAUUAUGGUGUCCGAGAGAUUAGAUUAUGCUAGUCUUAUUGGUGCGGCAUGGCCGAUUCGACCUUGCUUUAUGUUGCUGUCCACCUCAUCGAAUAAAAUCAAGCUCGAGAUCUUUUUCAAGCCAUUUGCACUUCAUAUUUGGUACCUGUAUGCCGUGUUUGCGGUGUUUUUCAUGUUCGUAAUGAGAGUAAUAAUGAAACGCGAAGAGACGAGCAGGCCAGAGAAAUACUCUGGUGCUAUAGUCCUUACUAUUGGCAUUAUAGCUCAACAAGGCGCAAAUUUUUUCCCUGAACGUAUCCCUGGUCGUAUCGCUCUCCUGCAGAUCAUUCUCUUCAACUGGAUCAUGUAUAACUAUUACUCGGGCAGUAUAGUAUCGGCUCGUUUGAGCGAGCCGCUCGACAUGAUGGAAGAUGACGUGAUCGUCCUCGCGGAUAGCAAUCUGAAAAUUGCCGCGGAAGCUGUGCCGUAUUUGAAUUACUUUCUAUAUAAACUCAGUUCGGAAUCAAAUUACUUCAGGAAAAAGCGCUGGGAUCCUCUGCCGGAAUCGAAGCGAUAUUUGCCGAUAGAAGAGGGUAUGAAGCAGGUCAGUGAAGGAAUCCUGGCUUAUCACACGGAUCCGAACACGGCAUAUCCCUACGUAGAGAAAUUUGAUCCGAGCAAGAUCUGCGCUCUGACGGAAAUCCAUCUAUUCAAACAAUCCGUCAUGGGUAUGUACGCCAGUCACAACGGUCAAUUCACCGAGAUAGCGAAAAUCGGGCUGUCCAAGAUGUUCAACACCGGGUUACGCGACCGGCAGAUAAAGUAUUGGUCGAGCAGGAAGCCUCAAUGCCAGCUCGAUACGUUGUCCACGAGAAGUAUAUCCAUAUACGAGACCGCUCCGGCUUUGAUUUUAUUAUCUUUCGGUGUGCUUAUUGGAUGCUUCAUAUGCAUCAUCGAGAAUAUCGUCUAUCGAUUCAUGAAAGAAGAAAUGCUGAGACGAUUGAGUAGCGGCGAUGCGGAGGAGAGGAUGGCCGGCACGAGCAAACACAAUUUACCCGAAUGAAACUGUCUCGCCUUGGAAAGUAAAAUAUUCAUGAGUUCGUUCGUGCGUUAUAAUUGGUACAUUCGUUAGUGUCUCGUUAUCGUAUAUUUAUUUCAUGCGGUGGAGAUAGCACACGUUAUAAUUUUUCCCAGUCGCUCUAAUAAAGCGACUAAUGCUUCAAUAAAGCUGUGAAUUCACUUUGCAUCACAGAAUAGUCCACCGAG